GACGAAGUCAGUGCGGUCGGUCGGCGCCCCGGCGCGGCUCCCUCCUCCACACCCCCAAGAACCGCCCCCGUCCCUCCCCAGGACUCCUGAGGGACUGGCGUGUGGCCGGCGCGUCGCGCGUCUCUCCGCCCUUGCACUUCCCUUCGCCUCACACACACUCUUGUACUUUACUCGGAGGGAAGCGACUGAACCCCGCCACCCAAAGGACACCGGUGGCCCGUCCUGUGCCCUCCUACCCACAACGCACUCCCCCUUCCCCGAGGAGGCGAGACUUGGUCUGACCCUCCGCGUGACGUCACCGCGGAGCCCCGCCCCCAAGGGUCCCGGGCCCAGCGCUGCUGGGGCAGUCCGGGGGGUGUCGGUAGAAGCGAAGCGGCCGCGGCUGGAGCCCGGACAGGGCUGGAGACCAACGGGAGCCAGACCGGGCCAUGCCGAGGAAGAAGCCUUUCAGCGUGAAGCAGAAGAAGAAACAGCUGCAGGACAAGCGCGAGAGGAAACGAGGGCUGCAGGAUGGGUUACGCUCCAGCUCCAACAGCCGCAGCGGGAGCCGGGAGCGGAGGGAGGACCAGACUGACACCUCUGAUGGAGAAUCUGUGACCCAGCAGAUCCGUCGCCUCAACCAGCAGCCGACCCACGGCCCUGGCCUUCGCUUUGACCCCAAUAGAUACCGACUACACUUUGAAAGAGAAAGCCGGGAAGAGGUGGAGCGGAGAAAGAGGGCUGCCCGAGAACAAGUGCUGAAACCUGUCAGUGAGAAAUCUCUGGAGCUUGACAUCGGCGACAUCUACCAUCCAGGCUCCAACCUAGACUUUCCCCGGCGACCCCCUUGGAACUAUGAGAUGUCCAGGGAGCAAUUGAUGAGCCAGGAAGAACGGAGUUUCCAAGAGUAUCUGGGAAAGAUCCAUGGGGCCUAUUCCUCUGAGCAGCUCAGCUACUUUGAGCACAACCUGGAGACUUGGCGACAGUUAUGGCGGGUGCUAGAGAUGUCUGAUAUUGUCCUUCUCAUCACAGACAUACGUCAUCCAGUCAUCAACUUUCCCCCAGCCUUUUAUGAGUAUGUGACAGGGGAACUAGGGCUGUCACUGAUACUGGUGCUGAACAAAGUAGACCUGGCUCCCCCAGCUCUCGUUAUAGCCUGGAAGUAUCACUUUCGCCUGCACUACCCCCGGCUCCACCUUGUUCUCUUCACAUCUUUCCCUCGGGAUCCCCAAACCCCACAGGACCCAAAGACUGUCUUGAAGAAGCGCCGGAAGCAAGGAAGGGGCUGGACUCGUGCCCUGGGACCAGAACAGUUGCUAAGGGCUUGUGAGACCAUUACUGCGGGAAAAGUGGAUUUAAGCAGCUGGAAAGAAAAGAUGGACCGGGAUGCAGCUGGAGCAAGCCGGGAGACUUGCUCAGGGGAGGAAGAGGAAGAUGAAGAAGGACCAGCAGUGUUGGUGGAGCAGCAAACAGAUGUAGCUCUGGAGCCAACUGGCCCAACCCGAGAACGAUAUAAGGAUGGAGUUGUGACUAUUGGCUGUGUGGGUUUUCCUAAUGUGGGAAAGUCGUCCCUGAUCAAUGGGCUGGUUGGGCGGAAGGUGGUGAGCGUUUCCAGAACCCCUGGCCACACCCGUUACUUUCAGACAUAUUUCCUCACACCCACUGUUCGACUUUGUGACUGCCCUGGCCUUAUCUUUCCUUCCCUGCUGCCCCGACAACUACAGGUCUUGGCUGGGAUCUACCCCAUUGCCCAGAUCCAAGAGCCCUACACUUCUGUGGGGUACCUGGCUUCCCGAAUACCUGUCCAGGCGCUUCUUCGGCUGAGACACCCUGAAGCUGAAGAGUCAGGGCAUGAACCCCCUUGGUGUGCCUGGGAUAUCUGCGAAGCCUGGGCUGAGAAGCGUGGUUACAAGACAGCCAAAGCAGCUAGGAACGAUGUGUACCGAGCAGCCAACAGCCUCCUUCGGCUGGCUGCUGACGGACGGCUCAGCCUUUGUCUUCGUCCACCUGGCUACAGUGACCAGCGAGCCUCCUGGGAGUCCCAUCCAGAAACCUUGGAGCUGGUGAUGAUGCAGGGGAGGGUGGGACUGUCGGGUGAGGAUGAGGAUGAGGAAGAAGAGCUGAGCAGUUCUGGGGAAGAGGAGGGAGAGGAGGAUCGAGAUGCCGAUGAGGAGGGUGAGGGAGAUGAAGACACCCCCACCCCUGCCCGGCCUUCACACCUGGCAGGCCCAAACCCCUAUGCUCUGCUGGGUGAGGAUGAAUGCUGAAUCUCCAUCCUUUAUUCCUCCCUCCCAUUCAACAUCCAUGCUCUUGGACUGAUCAGGGGAUACCCCUUUUCCACCUCCCCAACUGUGAAUAAAGAUAACCUGGUUCGUUA